AUGUCCAGAUACCAGUAUGGUAUUUGUUUUCCACAUGACCCACGCACUCCCCUUUUAAGCCCUCGGAGCCGAUUUGAGCCGACAUUCAGAAGACGUCCGCACACUUGGCCACAGACUGGAUACGGGCCUGAUCUUCCUGACUUCACUAUGACCCUGAGAUUCCUGUUGGUAGCCUCAGCUCUCAUUCUGGGGGCCACACUCACCAUCUCGCUGGCAGACCGCACCGCACAGUGCAAAAUCAAAUGGUUGUUUGGGAUCUCGUGCAGCGAUGUCCAGGGGAGGCUGGUGGGCCAGAUCAAGGCCUGGCAGAUCAGGCAAAGCUGUCUGUAUGCAGGGGAGCGGUGCUCGUACGAGCUUGUGUCGACAGCUCCUUACCUGAUCAAAGCCACGCACACGUCUCCCACGACAAGGAAAGUGAACAACCUUCAGUUUCUUCUAGAGCAGUCCACCAUCUGCAAAGUGACUGGUGACGCGGUGUCUGAGUUUUCCAAAGAUCCGGCUGACAACAGCACAAACUACUGCAGCCUCCAGAACCUGAUGGAUGGAAGUGACCUGAUCGAUGCUGAGGGAUACAAACAGUUCAGCAAUAAGUGGAUUUGUCCUGGGUUUGAUGCUGCAAACUGCACCAUGUCUUAGGAGGAGAGUAGAUCCUGAGUAAACAGUGCAUUUAUUCUCUGU